CGGAGCCAGGGCGGCCGUGGCCUGUGAGCGCCUCUCUGGCGCUAGCAGAGCGGAGCCGGCAGAGCGGAGUGGGCUUCUUGUCCCCGCGGUCCCAGCCACCAGCACGGUAAAGGUCUGACAAGAUGCCCAUCUUGGUAGAUGACAUCAUGAAGCUUCUGUGCUCCAUUUCCCAGGAGAGGAAAAUGAAGGCGGCUGUCAAGCACUCUGGGAGGGGUGCCUUGGUUGCGGGGACAGUGGCCUUUGUCGGUGGUUUGGUUGGUGGCCCACCAGGAAUUGCUGUUGGGGGGACUGUUGGGGGUCUGUUAGGUGCCUGGAUGACGAGUGGACAGUUUAAGCCGGUUCCUCAGAUCUUAAUGGAGCUGCCCCCUGCCGAACAGCAGAAACUUGUUAACGAAGCCACGGCCAUCAUCAGGAACUUGGACUGGACAGAUGCUGUACAGCUCACUGCUCUGGUCAUGAGCAACCAGGCCAUGCAGCAGAAGCUCUUGGCCAUGCUCACCACCUAUGUCACCAAGGAGCUGCAGGCCGAGAUCCGCUAUGAUGACUAGGCUACUCCCCCUGGGGGAUGGGCUUUCAGUUGGAUGAUUCUAUGGCUCCCAGAAGGUGACCAGGGAAUGGAGGAUGCCUGGCAGGUACCUCGCACAUCAUCAGCAUUGAUUGUAUGCUGGAGUACAAGUACAUCCUGUUGGACUGUCCCCUGCUUUGGCCAUGUGACACGGGCUGUGUGUGUUAUGGAAAGGUACAGGCUGUUGGCAUCCACAAACAGUUUGGGAGUCCUCUUGAUCCUGUAGGUCUAAAAGAAGUUCUCUUAUAUUUUUGGUUGUGAGCCUAGCCUCUAACGGCUGAGCCAUCUCUCUAGCCCAAGAAGUUCUCUUGUUGGCUGGCCAACUGUGCUGGAUGAUCUUCUUCCUGUGAAGGUACCUCUAAGAAUCUGUCACAGGAUUGGACCCUCUUAGGCUCUAGGGUCUUGGGGUUUAGAGCCAGCUCUUGCCAGGAUUGUGCUUACCUUCUGAGUGUUCCCCUUCUUCACCCAGGGACUUCCCAGUGGUCUCACGAUGACAGUGGUUCCUACUUUGAGUGAAGCCACAGAUACCAGGCAGUCUCCAUAUUCCACCAUUGUUUAUGCCCCAGGGUCUCUUGAGUAACUCUGGUUAAGCUUCUAGAGUCUUUUGACUUCUUAUGGAAAAUCAUGGCACUUAUUUAUCUUUUACUUUUAUUGUCAAUUCUGGACCCUUUUUCUUCUCUACACUUUUGUAGUCUAAGUUAAUUAAACUCCAUUUCUUACUAUGUUACCUGGGCCGGCCUUAGACUCUUGGGCUCAAGUGAUCUUGCCACAUAGCUGGGACUCUAGGCUUAUGCCAUCAUACCCAGCUUUACCUCAAAGACUGAUCUCCAUGCCACUUUAUCUAAGUUAGUUCUUCCAUGUUCUCUGUCCCAGCUGAGUUUCCUCUGGGCACUGGCUGCAGUCUACAAUUUACUUGUAUGAAAAGACAAAAUUAACAAUGAAUCCAGUUCAAAGAUCCUGACUGAGCU